GUGGACGGAAGACAAACCUCAAAACGAGAUGUUUUUUCAUCAAAAGAGUCUUCUCUGGACAUGGCACGUUCUUCAUUCGAUGAUCAGUAUAAGGGGUGUGGAGAUAUCAUGGAGGCUGAAAUUCCUCAGCUCUUCCAGACUGAGUAUUCCACAAAUACGGAGUUUGCUCAUGCCUGGGACACUGCAACCUUUAAAUGGGAGAAGGAGAAGAAGAGGCAAACGUCCUUACCCAAGGGCUUCAAAGACCAAUAUGCCAUUGCAUUGCUGGCGUACACUAUCAAUGGGCCUCUUCACAAGCUCUUCAAUGACGCUGUGAGACAGGCUGGAAGGUCCAAGGAGUAUUACCUGAGAAACUUCCACUUUAAGGUCCUCCACUAUUACCUGACCAAAGCUCUGCAGGAGUUGGACGUAGAAGAGACUCCUGCUUGUCAUAAGGUCUUCAGAGGAAUAAGAGGAGUCCGAUUUAAGGCCGAACGUCAGAGUAACGUCCGCUUUGGCCAGUUUACUUCUUCUUCCAUGAAUGACCAGAAUGCUCUUCAGUUUGGCGAGGACACCUUCUUCAGCAUCUACACCUGUUAUGGGGUCAGCAUCAAGAACUUCUCCUUCUUUCCAGGUGAGGACGAGGUACUCAUACCACCCUUCGAGAAAUUUAAGGUGACCAACUUCUCCAAGGAGGGAGACAGGAACGUUGUCACUUUGAAGUCUCUGGAGAAGUCAAGCAUUUACAACUGUGAGCUGGCAAAAGAGAGGAAGUGUAAAUCAAGAUGGUGUCCCUUCAACGCAGGUUUCAAUGUCUAG